UGCAGGCUGGCGGCGGCGGCGGUUGCGGCGGCAGCGGCAGCGGUAGCGCGGGGACUGCGGGGACAGAGGCGGCAGCGACGCCCGGGGAAGCCCGCGCCCCCGCCUGCGCCUCCGAGGCGCGCCCCGGGAGCGGGAGCGGGAGCGGCCCGCAGCGCCGCCCAGGGCAGAGGCGAUUGCCGGAGCCCCGAGAGCCAGCCGCGGAGAGCCGGGCGGCGACCGAGCGUGGGGGUGCGGCCCGAGGAAGACACAGAGCGAGCCGGGGCCGAAGGAGGGCUUCGGGCGCGAGCAUCCCGCGUCGCAGCGGCAGAGGCGGCUUUGCAGGAGACAAAAGCCCUCCAGGGAGACGCGAUGCUGGGCUGGCGCGGGCUUGGGGGCCGCGGCGUCUGAGCGCGCCGAGCCCUGCGCCCCGGAGGCCAGGCAGGUCGCGGCGAAGGGCGGCGGGCGGAGCUCAGGUGCCUCCGGCCGCGGCGGGCCCUUAACCGCUCGGGGGGCGGCGCCCUCCCGCCGCAGCCGCAGUGGCCGGCGCCGCAGCGAGGAGCCAUGGGCAACAUCUCCUCCAACAUCUCGGCCUUCCAGUCCCUGCACAUCGUCAUGCUGGGCUUGGACUCGGCCGGCAAGACCACGGUGCUCUACCGGCUCAAGUUCAACGAGUUCGUGAACACGGUGCCCACCAUCGGCUUCAACACGGAGAAGAUCAAGCUGAGCAACGGCACCGCCAAGGGCAUCAGCUGCCACUUCUGGGACGUGGGCGGCCAGGAGAAGCUGCGGCCGCUGUGGAAAUCCUACAGCCGCUGCACGGACGGCAUCAUCUACGUGGUGGACUCGGUGGACGUGGACCGGCUGGAGGAGGCCAAAACGGAGCUGCACAAGGUGACCAAGUUCGCCGAGAACCAGGGCACGCCGCUGCUGGUCAUCGCCAACAAGCAGGACCUGCCCAAGUCGCUGCCGGUGGCCGAGAUCGAGAAGCAGCUGGCGCUGCACGAGCUCAUCCCGGCCACCACCUACCACGUCCAGCCGGCGUGCGCCAUCAUCGGCGAGGGCCUCACCGAGGGCAUGGACAAGCUCUAUGAGAUGAUCCUGAAACGCAGGAAGUCCCUCAAGCAGAAGAAGAAGCGGUAAUGUGCCCGGCCGCGCUCGGGAGCGAGGGGGGAGUGAGCGAGUGAGCCAGGCAGGAAUGAAUGGAUGUGCGAGAACCCGCGUCCGCGAACAAAGACAGCGAACCAAAGCGAUGCUUCGAAUUUUUAACAUGGAAUCUCUGCACCCGGAUGCAGGAUUAUUGACUUAACCUGGGUGUAUAGGCUGACUUGCCAGCCUGCCCUUCACCUGCUCCCACCCCCAGCUCAGGGGACCUUUUGUCUGAAUGCCUGAGCUCCCUGAUGGGGUGGGAGGCCGCCCUGGGGAGUGGACGUGCCUGGGCUGCCGGCUGCCCUCCUGGCCCCUGGGGAAGGCUCAGAUAUCAGAAACAAAAGCGAUUCCUUCCUACUCCAGCAGGGCCAGAAGUUCAGGCUGCCCCGCCCUCACCUGUGAGUUACCUGAGGAGAUGGUGGUUUAGGCUAUCAGAGGACUGCCUGGAACAAUACACAGCCCCAGGGCAUGGGGUGCUGCACCAACCUUGGCUGAGGGAACGGCCCCGAAGAUGCCCCUCUCCUGGUGAUUUGUGGUGGCUACCGAACCAGUUUUGCUGAGAACCGCUUUUCACCUGGAAUCAGACGUCAUCCAGAUGGUUUGGACCUGUCCAUGUGUAGGUCAUUAUCACACAAAGAGACCAAUAAAAACAUAAAAUACAGUGAAACCUGUUGGAGGUGGUGGCAAAUGAUGCAUUUACUGUUUGCAGGAUAGCUAAAGGUGUUUAAAGGGUAAGGCUCUGGAUAUAAAUGCUGGAUGGAUGUGUGUGUGGACACAGGGACCUCCCUCUGUACUAUGUCAUUGAUAUAAAUAUCUAGACCCAUAUGUGUGGAAUCUUAAGUUCUCUUAGCCUACUGAUUGGUUUGUGUGAGCACACCAGCUCACCAGCUGCAGAUUGUGUGCUGAAUUGCAAGAUGGUUUUUUGCAAGGAAUGUCUCAUACUAACCGCCUGAUGAUGGGUUUUGGUUUUCAGACAUGUUAAAAAAAAAAAAACUUAUACAAAUGAAUGUUCACCUUAGAAAUAUUCACCGUAGGAAAAAAAGACUUUGCUCUGCCCUUUUAUAUCCCUUUACGCUGCAAGUGGCGAGAUGUUCAAAUUUCUAAUUGGGUUCAUUGAGGUCUAUCUUGUUUAGGAAUUUUAUUAAAAAUGUGUCAUUAGAGUAUUUCAUGUCAUGCACCACAAAAUAAAACCCCACCUUGUUGUAAAAGCUGACCUUGCUGCAUGGAUUUAAAAGCGAAGGAAAAGUACCAGGAUGAGGCUCUUCCUAAUUCAUCUUUGUGGGAACUGGCCUGCGUAGCAAAUGCGAACCACAGUGGGUGCUUGAGAUAAAAAGCAAGCGUGUGACGUCACGGUCACCUGUGCCCCGGCACUUGACAGUGUAGUUGAAAGAAGCUUUGGAAAAUAAAGUAAAAGAAUAGAUAUUUUUAAUAAGGUAAUUUAAAGAAAUUUUUUUAUAAUCAGGACUGAGUCUUGGUUAGCAAAAUCUGUUAUUUUACCCUGAGACACGGUAUCGGAAGGGAAACUUAAGCUUACUGUUCGAUUUUUAUUUCCUCUUUGAAUCCAUGUUCACAGGUAGAAUUAUGUGUUCCCCCCACCGUUAUAAGUUAAUUUGCGAAGGAAGCCUAUUGAAAUGGGGCAUGAUCGUGCUCGAACACGUGAGUUAGUCAAAUGAUACAGUCAUGCCUGUUGUCCAUUGCACUCAGAAAGUUCAUUUACGAACCAGAGAAGGAAUUCCUGACUUUCUGCUUGAAACCCAGUUCUUAGAUGUGAUAUUUUGACAGAAGGAACCUAGCAGGCCCACUUCUUUCCUCCUUUGUUGGUGUAUCUGGUACCCCUCCAAUGUGGUCUUUUUGUAGAAACUCAGUAGAGAAAAUAUAGCUAAGCAGUGUUGAAAAGCCUGCAAGAUUUCAGUUUACAUAUCAACAGCAUAUUCACUGAUUUCUAAAUGGGCUGGUCCCAUCAUUGAAGACUCUGUAUAGAAUUAUUAAAAAAAAAAAAUCCAUCUUCUUUAUUUUCUUCACAUGCAACAAUUUCUUAAGCACUUUGACAUUUUGGUAGUUCCACACUAUUGAGAGAAUAAUAUAUUUAUUUUGUGACAUUGCAGAUGCCAAAUACUGUAACCUUCUCAUGCUCACCAUUCUUAGGCUCCAGAUCACUGUUCAAAUCCUGCCAUGCUUUACAGAUGAUGCGAAGUGAUUUUUGUUUUCUUGCACUAUCAACACUUCAAGGGUGCAGUCAGCUGUUAGUAAUUGUGUAGUAAAGUAAAACCCUGUGGUGUCUCAACUAAUAGUUAAGAGUCUCCGUUGAUUUCUAUAAUGUUUGACCUAAUAAUAGCCCAUUUCACCUCUGAACAAACAUAUCACCUUGGAGGCAUCAGCCCAGAGGUCCCCUCCGACCUAGCGGUCAGUGAUUUAGGAUGCCUCCUGCCCUUGGGAGAAUGAGUGGGUGCCACAUGGAGGAAGUGGGCCUCCCCACAGGAACUUUUGAAGCGUUUUCUCACAGAUAUAGGGAGGCCAGCUUUGUUUCAGAACAAUUCUCUUCCCCCAUUCUCUGUCAUGGUGUUGGGACUGUGUCUCCUGGCUGUUUUCAUUUCUACUGCUACAAUUCUGUCUUGAUCCAUCCUUCCUCUUCUGUCCCCGCUCCCUUUUAUAUGCCUAUAUGAUGCUGUGAACAGAAAUAAAUUAUUUAUACAAGCAAAA